AUCCUGAAAUAGUGAGUGCACCUGCCUGCUGCGGUGCGGUUCUGCGGUGCGUGCGCGUGUGUUCGUAAAUAUUUGUUCACCAAUGAGUGUUUGCUACUCUAGCAUUAUUAUUAUUAAUUAAUUAAUAAUUAUUAAUUAUUAUCAUUAUUAUUAUUAUUAGCUCUAUUAUCCACUGAAGCGAGGAGUUUUUUUUUUGUUUUGUUCUUCCUAACCGCCAUGGGCUCAAUAUUCACUACGUUCAUCAAGUGUCGCAUUGGCGCGAUGAUCUUGUUCAACAAGCUGAUAAUACUGCUGUCCAGGAUCGUGCCCAGAAAGAAAAUGACUGUCAUUAUUGAGCAAGGUAUUUUGCAAGGGCAAUACUUUAAAACACGAUUAUCAAAUAAAUCUUAUGUUCGUUUUUUGGGAAUACCAUAUGCUAAACCACCUAUUCAAGAUUUAAGAUUCAAGUCUCCUGUCAAACAUCCAGGAUGGUCUGGUGUAUUUAAAGCAUUUUCAGAAGGGAAUAUGUGUAUGCAGCUUGAUGUUUUCAUGACCAAAAGAAUUAUUGGAAGUGAAGAUUGUUUAUAUUUAAACAUAUUUAUGCCUCAGGUUGAAGAAUUGGAUAAUGAAAAGAAAGCUGUUAUGGUGUUUAUACAUGGAGGGGCCUUUAGCUGUGGAUCUGGAACAUUAGAUUUUUAUUCUCCUGAUUAUUUGAUUGACGAAAAUGUAAUUGUAGUCACAAUCAACUAUCGCUUAAAUGUCUUAGGAUUUUUAAACUUUGGUAUUGACGAAUGUUCUGGCAAUAUGGGCUUAAAAGAUCAACUUUUUGCAUUGAAGUGGAUAAAAACAAACAUUUCUGCAUUUGGUGGUGAUGCUAAUAAUAUAACAAUUUUUGGAGAAAGUGCAGGAUCAGCAUCUGUUCAUUAUCAUUUACUUUCUCCACAAUCCACAGGAAUGUUUCAUAAGGCUAUUAUGCAAAGUGGAUGUGUUUUUAAUCCAUGGGCUUUUAAUGAAAACCACAAAAAAGCAGCUUUUAAGUUGGCUGAACACAUGGGAUGUCAAAAGGAUGACCCUAAAGAAAUAGUACAAUAUUUACUUAAUGUACCAGCCACUGAUUUAGUUAAAUUUUCAACUUUGAAGUUAAAAUUUGAAGGCCAAAGGGAUAUACUAAAUUUCCAGUUUGUUCCAACUGUUGAAAGUGAUGCGGUGAAUGAAAAAUUUUUACCAGCUCAUCCUGAAAUUUUAAUGAAAACAGCAUCACCAGUACCUAUAAUUUCUGGACUCAAUGAUCUGGAAGGAAUGAUUAUAUUUGCAGAUCAUCAUAAACCAAGUCAAAUUUUAGAAUACCACAAAACCGAUAAAAUUAGAAGACUAUUUGAAAGUAGUUAUACUGACGAAGUAAUUAAUAAAAUAAGAGACUUUUAUUUCGAUAAUCAUAGCCUUAUGAAUGAAACAACUAAAUUGGAAAAUACAUGUCAUAUGUUAAGCGAUGUAUUUUUUAUCAAAGAUUUUUAUCGUGGAUUUAAUCAUCUUCUUAAAAAUGGUCAGACACAAGUUUACAAUUAUGAAUUCAAAUUUAAUGGAGAACUAAAUGCUUGUAAAAAACUAAUGUUUGCUACAAGACCAAAUAUUAGUUCAUUAAAAGGUGCAUGUCACGCAGACGAGUUAAAUUACUUGUUUUAUGGACAAUUAUUUGGAUUUUUGCCAAAAUUAGAUUCUCCAGAGUUCAGAAUGUGUAGAACAAUGUGUAAACUAUGGUGCAAUUUUGCAAAAACAGGAAAUCCAAAUUCGUCAGAUUUAAGUUUUAUAUGGAACAAUACGAGUACAGAUGAUCCCAAGUAUUUAAUAUUAGACGGAGACAAUACACGUAUGGUUGAUGGAUUAAUAGUUAGUUCCAGAACACACUUUUGGGAAAAUAUAACGAAAUUAGCUCAAUUGAAACAAAAACUGUGAUUCUAUAAUUAAUUAUGACAAAUUAUAUAUAAAAAAAAAUCUUUACUUACAAUGUUUAUAAACAAAAAAUGUUAAUAUACAAAAAGUAUUGCAUUUGGUUCUUUGAUAUAUAUAUUUAUUUUUACCUUAUUAUUACCACAGAUACAUGAACAUUU